GCUUCUGCUCUUCUCUGAAUGUCUAUUGGUCCCUCAACCCAUUCUUCACAGAGAAACCAAUAAACAUGAACAUAAUACAUGAACAGGGGCGGACUGACAACUCAUGGGGCCCCCGGGCAAUAGGGGAUCAUGGGGCCCCUGUGUCCUUGCCCAAACUCAAAAAAGCCUAUAAAAAAAAGGUACCAGGGGCAUCUCAUGGGGCCCCCUACUGACCCCAGGCCCUCGGGCAGUGCCUGAGUUUCCAAAUGGUCAGGCCACCCCUG